UCAUUGUUGCUCCAUGUCGCACACCUUAGCACACACCGGACCCCUUCUCUCAUGACUGGAAAACUUUAAGGAUAAUGUUACCCUGUUUGAAUGUUGCUGUGGUCCUCUGUCUCCUGCAAGUCCUCUGCAUCACUGCAGACAUAGACAGUGGCACCUUCCUGAUCUUCAAUGAGAACCACAGCAUGUGCAUGAAGGUGGAGAGUGCCACCUCCCUAACGGUGGCCAGAUGUGAUCCUCAUGCCAAGGAGCAGCAGUUUCGUUGGGCCUCCGAAUCGCGCGUCCUCAGUCUGUCCCAAAAGCUCUGUAUGGGGGCCACCGAGAUUAAAGACUGGGUGAAGGUGCGCCUCUUUGAAUGUGAUGAGAGCAAUAAGCUACAACACUGGCAGUGCAAGAACGAGACCCUGUUUGGCCUACAAAACAAAGACCUGCACUUAAACUGGGGCAACCGCAAUGAGAGGAGCAUAAUGAUCUACAAAGGCUCGGGGCUCUGGAGCCGCUGGAGAAUAUACGGCACCCAGGGUGACCUGUGUUCAAAGGGGUUUCAAGAGGUUUUCACAUUAGGGGGCAAUGCCUUCGGAGGCCCCUGUCAGUUCCCAUUUAGUUUUCAGGAGAAGUGGUACGCUGAGUGCACAAAGGACGGUCGCUCAGACGGACAGCUGUGGUGUGCAACAGAGAGAGAUUACGAUAAGGCGAAGAAGUGGGGCUUUUGUCCCAGUCAAGCAUCCUCAGGUUGGGACACUGACCCGGUCACAGGGGUUCAGUAUCAGAGGAACGCACAGUCAGUGCUGACCUGGAGUCAGGCCAGGAAGAGCUGCCAGCAGCAGGGAGCCGACCUCCUCAGCAUUGUAGAGCUGCAUGAGCAGUCGUACAUUUCAGGGUUGACAAAUAAUUUGGGAACAUCUCUGUGGAUUGGACUGAACAGCUUGGACUAUGAGAGUGGAUGGCAGUGGAGCAACGGAAACCCCUUCAGAUAUUUAAACUGGGCUCCAGGUCACCCUUCAUCAGAGCCCGGGCUCACCUGUGCAACCCUAAAUGUUGCAAAAGCGUCAAAAUGGGAGAGCAGCGCCUGCACCAAGAAACUUGGUUAUAUUUGUCGCAAGGGAAACUCUACCAGCCUGCCUCCACCACCAGUCAAAAACCAGCCCAGCUUCUGCCCCAGUCACUGGGUGCCAUAUGCAGGAAACUGUUACUACAUGCAGAGGACUAAGAAGAUGUGGAGGGAGGCUUUGGAUGCGUGUCACAAAGAGGGGGGAGAUCUGGCCAGCAUAAGCAAUAUAGAAGAGCAGAGCUUCGUAAUAUCUCAAUCUGGAUACUUGCCGACAGAUGAGCUUUGGAUUGGCCUCAAUGAUCAGAAGAACCAGCUGCUGUUUGAAUGGUCCGAUCACUCCCACGUUACCUUCACCCAGUGGCAGCCUGGGGAGCCGUCUCAUGCCACCAACCUACAGGAAGACUGUGUCCUCAUCAGAGGAAAGGACGGGAGGUGGGCUGACCACUCAUGUGAGAAGGCGUAUGGAUACAUCUGUAAGAGUAAGGCCUCGACUAAACCAGCUGAAGGCGCCCAAGAGGAAGCCAACCCAGGAUGCAAACUUGGCUCAAUCAGGUUUGGUUCUUAUUGUUACAACAUUGGAUCUGAGUCAAAAACCUUUGAUGAGGCACAGCGGGCAUGCUCAGAGACUGGCGCUCACAUGGUGGAUGUGACUGAUAGAUAUGAGAAUGCCUUCUUGGUCAGUCUGGUGGGUUUGAGACCAGAGAAGUAUUUCUGGACAGGUUUAUCGAACACAGCCAACAUUAACACUUUCUCGUUGACCACCAAAAGAAAAGUCACAUUUACUCAUUUCAAUGUGGGCAUGCCAGACAGACACCAAGGAUGCGUCGCAAUGACAACUGGCAUUUUUGCUGGAUUAUGGGAUGUUGUCAGCUGCAGCAACAAGGAGAAGUAUGUCUGUAAGAAACUAGCAGAAGGGGUACCUGUGACAACAGUCGCACCUACCACCCCCGCCCUCAGCUGUGAUGCUGGCUGGACCCCCGUGGGCAAGAGGAAUUUCUGCUACAAACUUUACAAAGAAACAGCGGACCGUAAGAAGACUUGGCAGGAAGCUCUGGACUUCUGUAAGGCCAUUGGUGGGGACCUGAUGAGCAUACACAGUAUGGAGGACAUGAGCAACGCUCAGUUUCGUUCCGCUGACGGAGCCUGGAUCGGCCUCAGUCUAGGUACCAAUGCAGGUUUUGGAUGGAGUGAUGGAUCGUCUUUCGAAUUUGAGAACUGGGCCUUUGGGGAACCAAAUAACCACAAUGAUGAUGAACACUGUGCAGAAGUCCACUCUUACUACGGACGGCACUGGAAUGAUCGGCAGUGCGAGUCCUACAAUGACUGGAUCUGCCAGAUACGCAAAGGUGUGACUCCGAAACCGGAGCCUGUCAAAUUGACACAAGUAUACAACAUCACAGAAGAUGGCUGGAUUAUCUGCAAUGACACACAGUAUUUAAUCAACAAUGAUAAUCUCGACAUGGAAGCUGCUCGAGCCUUCUGCAAGAAGGGCUUUGGAGAUCUUGCAGUCAUCACAGGGGAGAGUGAGAGGAAGUUCCUUUGGAAACAGGUAGCAAAAACCGGAGGACAGUUCUACAUUGGCUUGUCAGUGAAUUUGGACAAAUCAUUCAGCUGGAUUGAUGGCUCCCCUGUAUCAUACACUGCAUGGGAACAGAAUGAGCCCAACUUUGCUAAUAAUGAUGAAAACUGUGUGACUUUAUACAGUAGCAUGGGGUACUGGAAUGAUAUUAACUGUGGCUUGGAGCUACCUUCUAUUUGCAAAAGAAGCAGUAACUUUAUUAAUACAACGAUGGCCCCAACCACUAUUCCUAAGGGAGGAUGUUCACCUGAGUGGCUAGCUUUCCAAGGAAGGUGCUAUAAGAUAGUCGUGGGGAGUGACAGUAAGGACUGGCAGGAAGCCAGGACACACUGUGUUAACCAGGGAGGAAAUCUGGUUUCUAUCACCAACGAUAGAGAGCAAGCAUUCCUGACAACACAGAUGCUGACAUACAAUGAGGACUUCUGGAUUGGCAUGAAUGAUGUCAACUGGGAGAUGCACUUUGUGUGGACGGACGGCAAAGGCAUUUCAUACACCAACUGGGCAAAAGGGCAUCCAACAACAUUGCCUCAAGGACGAUUCGCAUUUAUGGACGAGACAUUUGACUGUGUGAUUAUGGUGGGCAGCGUCUCCAAAAUAACAGGAUCCUGGAAGGUGGAAGACUGUCAAGCAAAACAUAGCUUCAUCUGUAAAAGAAACAUUGACUCUCAGAUCGCAGUCGCAGCCACAACUGUGUUACCAAAGGCUUUCUACAAACUUGGCAAUGACUCCUACAAAGUGGUGGGCGAGAAGAUGAGAUGGGAUGAGGCGAGGAGGCAGUGCCAAGCCGACGAUGCUGAUCUGGCCAGUAUCCUGAACCCUGUCACUCAGGCGUACAUCACACUGCAGGUUUCCAAGCUCAAAGAGCCUGUGUGGAUCGGCCUCAACAGCAAUGUGACUGAUGGGCGGUUCAAGUGGGUCGAUAACUGGAUGAUGUCAUAUACCAAAUGGGGCACAAAUGAGCCUAUAAACAACUUUGCGUGUGUGUACAUAGACGUGGACAAAACAUGGAAGACUGCACCGUGUACCAACACGUACUUCUCCCUUUGCAAGAGGUCACCAGAUAUAGCACCAACUGAGCCCCCACAACUUCCCGGCAACUGUCCAGAAACAAAGAAACAAAUAUCCUGGAUACCUUUCAGAGGCCAUUGUUAUUCCUUCCUCAACUCAAUGUUGGACAACUGGGCCCAUGCCUCCGUUGAAUGUCUGAAAAUGGGUGCUUCUCUGGUGAGUAUUGAGGACCACCAGGAGGCUUUGUUCAUACAACAGUACCUGGAGCUCCUGCACGACGAUGCCAGGUCCUUCUGGAUCGGCCUCUUCAAGAGUCAUGAAGGUGAGUGGAUGUGGAUCGAUAACAGUGUUGUGGACUACGUCAACUGGAAAAAAGGGAUGCCAAAGUCAGAUUUAUGUGUGGACAUCGACUCUGAAAGUGGACAGUGGAGUACAACCAGCUGCAGAAGAUACAGGUCAUACGUCUGCAAAACAGCCAAAGUUAUUACACCUACCGAAAAGCCACCAUUUGUUGCGAAAGUGGUUAAAGAAGCUUCUCAUGGUUCCGCUGGCAUCACUAUUGCUGUGGUGUUGGUUGUAAUCGCUGUAGUUGGACUCAGUGCCUUCUUCAUCUUCCGUAAACAGAUACACAUCCCAGUCUUGACAGAAAGCACUUUUGACAACAAGCUGUACUUCAACAAUCCAAUCCGAGCGCCUGUAGACACCAAGGGUCUGGUGGACAACAUAGAGCAGAAUGAACAAGCUUAGAAAGGCAUGAUCUGUAGUAAUCCCCACUUUGACAAUGAUAUGAUUAUGCUUUCAUGUUUAAAAUUACUGUAACUGGGAACUUAAUCUCAACCAAACCCGAUUGUGUUUUUAAAGAGGACUGGAUGAAUGAUAAUGAUUCCUCACUAUUAUAUAAUAAUUCAUACAAGCACUGGCACAGCACUACGUGAAUUAGAUAUAAUAUAAGUGAAAGAUCUAUAGCAAAUUUUACAUGAUUGUGAUUUGUGAAAUGUGUACAGUUUAUUUUUUACUUUGACCAAUUAAGAUAAUCAAGAACAUGUGUAGACCAAAUGCCAGUUUAAGAUAAACACUUCAAAAUGUGAUAAUGCAAUUAUCAGAUUUUUCUCCACUGUGAUGCUUUUUCUUUUUCUUCAUUGGCUUACAAUAUUGUAAAUAGAUGCUGAAUAAAAUAAAUGAAAUGUAUACAACUGAA